ACUGUUGCAAUAGUACUUGUUAUAUUUGUGAGUCUCACACACACCACACACACUCAUUCUUAUCAUGUUUCUCUCUCUAGCUUUUGGGGUCCUGUCUCGUGUUUCUCUCUCUACACAAACCUAAAUUUCUUAGGGUUUCUAUUCAUCGCGCACUCAUAAUUACACAGCUUCGCAUCGGUUUUGAGGGCAAAGAUUGGAUCUUUUAGCUUGGGGGGCGAUCAAGAAGAGUAAAGGUGGUGAAUUUAAGGGAAUCAAAAGUGAAGCGUUGGGGCGCCGCACGCCGCACGACGAUCCAGUUAAUGCUUCUGGUAAAUCUACACUAGCCGUCGAGAGGAAUUAGGGUUCACGACACUCGACUUAGUAAAGCUUAACAUGGAGAAGAAUAGCAAAAACAGCACUGUGACACCUCUCUCGAAAGCAGCAGCAGCACAUGUAAAGAUUGAUUCAAUAUCAAUAGACCUCGGGAAGGCCAUGGAUAAGCGAGUCACAGAUAAAUGUCAUCAUUUUUCUCUGCGUCAAUAUUGUGUGGAUAAGAGGAAUCAAAAUGUUAGAGUCUGUGCACCAUUUGCUCGUGAUAGUGAUGAUGAAGUUAAGUUAAGGGAGCAGCUUCCGCCAUUAGAUGUUCCCAAAUUUAGAUGGUGGCGCUGCCAAAGCUGUGUGCAGGAUAUAGAGAAAGCAUCUCCCAGUUCAGUUAGAGGUGAAAUUCAUCCAUCACCAUGUAGUAGUAACAAGGAAAAGGACAAUGCUUUAGUGGGAUCCUCAGCUGUCCAGGGCCCGGAGAAUGGUGUGAAAGAAUUUUCUGGUCAACUCAUAUGUGAUCAAACUUUAAGUCUUGUGAAGGCAGCAAGACAGACCAAUGAGACGGAACCUGCUAGUGAUGUGGCUGCAACUAAUGUUCUUGCAAUUAAGUACCCAGGCUGCAGAAGCAGCAGUUCUAGUGAAAAGUGUCUUGCAGAAAAAGCCAAUACUGUUGAUGAGGAUCAAAUGACUGUUGUAGGAGCUACUGAAAUGGAAAAAAAAGAUAUAGAGAUUGACGCAAAUACGAGCGCCAAGGAUGUGAAGAAGGCUAGUUCUACCCGUCGAAAGAAAAAGGUGCGUUCGAUGGCUGAAAUACUUCAUGUAAAUGAUGAAGAAAGAAGCGACCAGUUAGCUUCUCACAAUACUCCCAAAGAAUGUGCUGCUCCAGCUUCAAUUUCUGCUUCGCGCAAAAGAAAGAUUAAUCAGGAGCCUUUUAAGGAGAUGCAAAUUCCUGGUCGCAAGCCCAAAAAGGUUCGAGCCUCCAAGGGAGAUGCUAUUACAACAAUUGCAACAAUACAUAACUCUGGAUCAGAAUCUGUUGAAGAUGAUGCAUCUGCCGGAACAGGCUUUAAAAGUCGCAUGUCUCUGCCGAAAGCUGGGAAUGAGCCUUGUCCAUCUAAGAUGAAAACAAAAAUGUCACAUGGUGAAGACAGACAGAGUUCUUACAAGAGUGUGGAUAGAGGAAACUACAAGGAAGAUAUUGCGCUUGAUUUGUCACUCAAUAGCUACAUGGAGGUUGACAAGAACAUAGUCCCGAACAAAAAGACCACACUCAAUAAUGAUCAUUGGAUGAAAGAAGGAAGUCGUACUGGUCCCUCAUCUGUUCCUGACUUUUCCUUUAGCAAGGAUAUAGAGGAAGAUAUGAGCGGAAGAAUUGCUAAUAGGACAGAUAUCAAUUGUCAGCAUGAAAACAGUCUUUCACUCCGUAAAAAGUUGGAACUUUCUCUUGGGUGCAGCAGUAAGAAAGCUGCUGAACCUAAAAGGUUUUCAGAGGCUAAUAGGAAUAAAACCGAUCAAAGAUCUGAAACGGUAUUUGAAAAGAGAAGCUAUGACGACAUACCAAUGGACAUCGUCGAACUCAUGGCUAAGCAUCAAUAUGAGAGAGGUCUUUCUGAAGCUGAAAGAAAUUCCUGCCUGACAAAAAGAAUUGAUGAGCGCAAUUAUGAGAUGAUGGGACUUUCUGAUGUAAAUGGGAACAGAAUGCGACCCUUGCAGAAGGAACACAACAGAUGGAUUCCCGUUAAAUUAUCUCAAGCAGACAAUAACCAUUGUGUUGUUGGUAACAGAGAAGGAAUUCAUGUGCUGCCUGUGUAUGGUACAUGCUCGCAAACACAACAGAAAGAAUCAUUUAGUGCCCAAAGACCCCAACCUUCUGCUUCAAGAACUUUCAUUGCCACGCAGAAUCUUCUGUGGACUGGUGAUAGGAUGGUGCACAGAUCAUCAUCAACAUAUGCUCAGGUAAUUGAUACAAACAAGACAGCAAAUAAUGGUCCGACACAUCUGGGAAUGGCAGCAAAUUUUUGGGCCUCUGGUGCAUCAAGUCUUGUGCCUUCAAAUCCCAACUUUCCUUUAAAUAUAUCAAGUGGGACAAGCAAUAUGACUACUUAUUUACCAUAUCCAGACCUACACAAGGGGAAGACGGUUCGGGAUCUUGAUUUAAACCGUACAGAUCCAAAUGAUUCAGAUGUGGAAGUAUUGUGCGGAUCUCCUGUUGUGGCCAGUAAUACAGUAAAAUAUCUUAACCUACAGGAGAUGAAUUCAGUACACUCAUAUUCUAAUGAAGCAAUACCUGCAAUGCAUUUGCUCAGCCUCAUGGAUGCAGGAACGCCCUCACGCCCUCCAUUCAGCAUUAAUACGAAUAAAGUGCUUGAGAGGCCUUUUUUCCCCGGAAAUUAUCACCCUAGCAGAGGUAUGGAUGAAAGAGCAGUUUUGUUUGAGAAACCUCUUUUUCCCCAGAAUCAUCAGGUGAAGGAACAUCCUGGGCCAGGGCCUUCUGUGUACAGGUCCAGUGCUAGCACGGCACAGAUGCCAUCAGCUUAUUAUGGACCAAAUAUCAUUACCUGUCAGCAGCCUGUGAAAGCAAACAAAACAUAUAUACCUCAACAGAGUAAAGAUUGGAUGUUUAGAACAUCUGUAGGCACGGCUGGUGCUUCAGACAUGAUUCGUGGCAGCAAUCUUCAUCAGGGAAAGCAAAAGGGCAUCCUAGGUGCCACAGUUGAUCUGGUUUUUCCUGCACAACCAAAAGCACUUAAAAUUACAGAGAACCAGAAAGACGUGGGGUCCCGUCAAAUGCAUGGAACAAUUAGGCCUUUGAGGGACAUAUCCAAAGAGGAAGUAUGCAGUGUUAACCGAAACCCUUCUGAUUUCUCCAGUCCAGAAGCAGGAAGCCAGUACAUGAUUCGUGGUGGAGAUCUGAAAUUUAGCAAGGACUAUUUAGUGAGUAGGGUCGGUGGCUUUCGUGGACCAAGGAGGCAUGGGUCGAAAUUAACAGCUUCAAAACGACAAGCUGUGGGUCGGGCACCAACUGCGUUUCCUUGAUGGGAAGAACUGCAAAGAGUAAGGAUCAGUAACAUGUCUACUUUUGUCUGUGAGAGUUUAUUUGCCAAAAGACUCGUCUCUUUAUCCCCAUUUAGACUUUAUCUGUUUUAUUUCAUGCUAUGUAAACUUUUUAAAUAGUCAUAAACAGGAACUCCAAAUAGACAAUAAGGGCCAUCCAAUCCAGCUCUGCAUUGAGAUCUGUGACCAUUUGGCUUGUUCCAUAUCCAUGUUGAGCUGAUAUGUGGCUGAUUGGUAAUGCUGCCUAUACUAGAACUUUUGAUAGUCCAGAAUCAAGCUGUAAUAGCUUGUGUGAUCUCUCUCUCUCUCUUGAUGUUUGUUAGAAUGGUUUUGCGGUUUAGAAGAUCACAUACAAGCUACAGCUUUGGUUCUGUUAUGAAAUAUCUUUGUAAGACCUUUGUGUGUUAUUACCAGACAUUUGAAGUUAUUGAAUGUUUGCUUCAGGGACGUAAGAAUACAGUUCUUUUUUGUUUUUUAAGUUGGAGUUGUAACUUUGAAUAAUUUAUACCAGCAGUGUUGAUACUUU